UUUUCGCUUGCUGAUAUGACAACAGUAGGCGUAAUCGUGAUAAGAAAAACGAGUCUGGCUGCAUCUGACUUUCCACCAAUUCGUAGCGCCACUCGAUGUGUGUGUAUGCGUGUAUGUGUACGUGUUGCAGAGGAAAAUGAAUGAAGUUUACUGAAAAGAAAAUUUUGAUGAAAAAGUGUGUGAUUAAAACCGUGUGAGUAAUUGGAGGAAAAUCUUCGUGAAUAUGAUUCACAAAUGAAGAAAUAGAGCGAGAUAGUGCUUCGUUCGAAAGUGUAGUGUAGUUGUGUGUAUAUAUUUUUUUAACAUCAAGUGACUGCGUAGAGCGUGUUUUUUUGGGAAGUAUUCCACAGGCUAGAAGUGGAUUAUUGGUUGUUCAGAUCUACGAUUCCCGCAAACGUGUACGUAAAAGUGCGGUCAGGAAAAAAAUACACAGCCAAGGAAUGACAUCAGCUGCUGCUGCGGUUUCUGAGAAGGCAUAAGAACAGGUGGCGAGUAUAGAAUCAUCUCCGUGUUCGUUGUGUGAAAAUCUUCGGUGCGUUGCUAUUCAUACAUGCUUGCAUCGUAGCAACCAUCUUCCUUCGUCAUGUCGUGAUUCUUGAAUCGCGCGAAUCGUUACUACGUGUACAAAGUUAGUCGAUUUUGGAGCACAUUGUUUGCGGGGUGAGGCCGACGAUGGAUCCGUUUGGGGAAAUGCAGUGUAACUUUAAUACCGGUAACCACCAACCUGUCACCGACGCGGCAAUGGCGGUCUCGACGGACGCACCCGCUUCGGUAAAACCCGCACAAGGGACGGCAUCGGUGGCGAACACACCGACCACACCGAACGAUCCGGAACAGCAGCAGGAGAAGACGGACUGCUCGCCGGAGAACUCGAAGAAGAGCGACAGUUCGCCGGAAGGUGACGGAAGCGAUGCGUUUGGACGGUCGGAAACCCGCACUUCGGAGGCGACCGAUUCCGUGUCGAAAAGCGUUUCACUGCAGGAAAUGCUUAAAGCGAGUGGUGGCGCUGGCCGGAGUGUGAGUGAGGAACCUUCGUCGAAAGCCAGGACCGGCGACGACGAUGCUCAGCUGAUGGACUCGGUGCGGAAUGCGUUUGCAUUCACGAUCGAUUUUGGUGACGGUCGGAAGCCGGUCGAUUCGCAGCGGCACGAGAAAAUGUUGGAACGGUUUCAGGCCCGCCACAAGCGCGGUGUGUCACUCUCGAAGCUGGAAUCGAGCUCUGGUGCGGUCACGUCAUCGCCGUCCUCGGCACGGGCGCAGCCGGGAGCAACGCGAGCCCCGGCCAGUGUAAACCUUCCCCGGCGGAACAAGCCCCCCGGGUACGAUGCGGGCGAUCAGCAGCAGGCAAUGGUGAUGAUAGACGAUACAACGGGACGGCCGGUUGCGGUGAAAAUGAUGGAAAAGAACCAGCGUACGGUCGGUCGGGGUGAAGCGGCCACCAAGCGGCACAGUUGGAGUCCGCGAACGAGUAUGACCGAGAUGAGCGCCAGUGGACGACCACAGGAGGGCACACCAAAACCAAGCAGUAAAACUCCCUCGGCAAGUGGUGCUCGGUUCGCACCGAAAUCGGCCACACUAGCCCUGGCCCUUGAGCAGCAACAGGUGGCUUCCCACCUCACUGGGAAAGAUGCGUCCUACUCCAGCUCGGAGUUUAACACGGAAAGUCUCGACUCGUCGGGAGGAAUUCCUUGUCUCGAGGCACCACUGGAGAACUUCCGCCCGCCAAAGAGGGAUGGUGACGACGAUGAGGAGGCGGUUAGUGAAACGGGCACGUACACGAUCGAUGGGGCUAAUUAUACGGAAGAACAGAAGGAGCGGAUGAACAUCGAUCGGAUUGGACCACUGCCACCCGAAAUAGACCCCGUUCCGGCCGUUCCACCUACGGGAACGGCUGUACGUCCCACUGGAUUCCGUGAGGAGCUGGAAGUGAUUGACCUGGAGCGUACGAUCCCCGGUGGGGGUGGAAGAAAAAUCCCUCCAUCCACCGGGAAGCCUCAACCAAAUCAGCCACAGCAGGAACAACUUCCAACCGAAAAGCGUUUCCAUAACAUCCUGGAGGUUUCAUACUUCCACGAACCGGCUGGGGUGCCGGUGGCGAACGAUAAGAGUGUGACGGAACGCGCCAAAAGCAAGCAGUCCUACAUCGAGAAGCUCAAGUCGCGAAUGAAGCAUAUGACACUGAAAACGACCGGAAGUAGUACCGGAGGUGUUCGCUCUUCGGUCGACAAACUCGGUUUACACCAGCAACAGCAUCAGGUGCUGAUGGCACCAGAGUUGGACUCACCCGACCAGGGUACAUUUACCUCCGUCACGACGAGUGGAAUUCUGAGUCUGAAACCUACGCUUCCGGAGGGUGAUCCCGUGCCGGGCGCACCCGCGGCAGCUCAAAGACGUCGUGGUAGUCUAACGAAGGCGCAUAUCGACAGCUCGGAGUACGUACAGGGGGUGGCCAAGCUGAACAUCCAUAGUAGUGUGUCGUCCGUGGUGGUACCUCCUACGCGCGAAGAACUAACAGCUAAGGUCUCCGCCGAGCAGGAGGACGCACAGGAAGAGGAAGAACUGAAGAUACUCAACUGCUACACCGAUUCGGAGAAGGCCCACCACGGUGGUAAGGGAAGGUCCGAGGCGAGCCCGGUCGGAAGUGGCCGACGGAAACACCACCAUCAGCCCACAUCCUCGGAUGUGGCCGCCCUGACGUCGGUGGCGACGAAAAAAGACUGGAUCCAGGAAUGGGCGAAGAAUGCCCGCGAGUACUCGAAAUCGACAAGUCCGAAGGUGCACCCGCACGAUCCGCCGCCCGCAUCGACGGCAUAUGGCACCAAUGUGGUACCGGCGUCAGGUGGGCACAUGACACGCAGCUACGGGGAUUACGAUGGCGAACGGAACCCGCGCAACCGGAAUCAGUUCGGGUACGAUUUCGACAUCGACCUAACGAAGAGUGACUACUACGAGGCGAAGAAGUACGAGGAGUUUGGCGACAAUCUGGAUCACCGGCAGCUGCAGCAGCAGCAGCAGCAGCGUCGUGGUGGCGCUAGCGCACGUAAACAAUCGCAGCAAGCGUCCUCGCGCCAUCCGGAAUACACAGCCGGAGGUAGCGAUCCGCUGGUAUUUCGCCAGCAACCCUCGCAGCAGCAACCGCAUCAUCCAACCACACCGGAUGACGAUGCGUUCGCGCUGCCCUACGGGAUGAACGAGUUUGCACGGACGGGAUCGCGCGGCUCCACCCGGAGAUAUGGCAACAAUCAGCAGCAAGCGCAGCAUCCGUCGCCGGUGUCCGCGGCCGCCAAACCACCGAUGAGUCCGAGUAAAAUCCCGUCCCCGAUCGGAUCGAUCGGUCGAGCUCGUAGCGUCAGUCGGAACCGGAGUCUACAGGGUAGCAAUUCGGAUCUCUCCGGUAAUGAGACGGAAAUGUAUCUCCUCAAGACUGCGGCCGCCAUCUCGACGCUCCAGAAUCUACAGCGGCGCAACUCGCUGCGCAACAGCUCCUCACAUCACUCAUCCAGCCCGCUAAGUCCGGCUUCGCGCAAGCUUUCCCCCAAAGUAUCCCCCAUGAAUUCACUACACUCGCCAAUUCACUCACCAUCGGCGUCGUAUCAGCAUGAGAAGGCCUACAAUAACUAUGGCGAGGGUGUCGGCAACUCACCGCUCUACUCACCACAGCAUCAUCCGCGCGGUAACCUGCAGCACCAUCAGCUCCAUCAAAACAUUGGUGGAGUCGGUCACAAGAGGAACCAUUCGCUCGAUUCCGGAACGCCGGAUCCGCUGGCAUCGCCCGGGGCCGGUUACAACAUGUCCAACGGAGCCACCGGUCAUAUGGUGAAGAGUGCAAACGCCAACACUAGCCCCAAGCUGGACUACAAGAUGAGGCACCAUACGCGCCACAAUUCGUACGAAGGUGUGAUGGCGUCGUUGCCACCGAAACCGGUCAAGUGCUUCCAGCAGUACGAUCCUUCGGGUGCUCCGGUGGUCGGGUACUAUGGUGGUGAGAGCGAACUUGUGGUGGGCGAUGACGUGGACAUGGAUGUGCUGGUGGGAGAUGGUCAGGAUUACGACGAGGACUUUGAGGACGACAUCGACGAUGACGAUGAGCAAGAGGAGGAGGAACUGGACCAGCAGGAGCUUCAUCGAAGGGCGGCAGGGCUGGUGGACAUAACCUCUAUUAACGAUCAUGCAAUGCCGCGACCAAGGGCGAUGUCAUUGGGCCCUCGACGAACACCCCAACAGCAGCAGCAGCAGCAUCAACCACAGCAACAUCACAUUAUAUCAUCCUCCACAGGUGCCAAACAGCAAGGGACCACCGCCGCAGGGCAGCAGCGGGAUACGGUCGCAAUGAAGAAUGUCACUAAUCGUGGCCAGAAAACGCAUCCUCAACAGCAGCAGCAGCAACAUCUUACAUCACCGAUCAAGCGGUCGAGCUCGUUUUCGGUUAAACCGAAUGUCAUGAAACCGGCUACACCGACCUUGUCAGCGAAGGCCACCGGUGGUGGUGUUAAUGGACGGACGGCGGCGGCGGCGGGUGGUGGUGGCUCAAAGAUUCAAAAGUCUGCCAGUAGUACCAGCUUCAAGAAGAUGAUCGGAGCGCUAGAUAACGGUGUGCAGCCGCAACAGUAUCAUCAUCACGCGGUGCAACCGCCCCACCAUCGGCAUCAGCUGGUGAUGGACCCGAACUACCCGGACGAGCUGAUGCUGUACAUAAACGACGGUGAUGACGACGGCUUGCAGAUGCACGGUGGGGGAGCGGAUCGGCGCCAUCAGCAGCAGGGUUAUUCGUCUAGCUCGCUUACGGACGAGGACGACGAUGGUGGGGAGUUGGAUGACGAGGAGCUGGAAGAAGGUGGACGCGCGGGCAAGGAACCGCUGACAAACACACGCUACAACAAGACGUUCCUGAUGCGCAUGGAACAAAACAAGAAAAUCGCGGCCGGUUCGGGGGCACCAGCGGCAGCAGGUGGAGCAGCUGCGGCUAGUGGUUCGAAGCAGAGUGGUGGCGCUGCGGCUUGCCCUAACACACCGGAGCUUCCACGGCGUGCGGUGCAAGUGCGGAGUGGAGUGUCCUUGGGGCACGGACGGGACCGUGCUUCAAUGCCACGCGAUUCCAGCCUCAAUCGGAUGAAGCAGGAUCUGAUGCUGCGAAAAAGUAGCACCGGCCGGGAGAUGCUGCUCGGCAAGGGUCAGCAGCAGUCUACCCAGUCGAUUCAGUCCACCACUUCGUCGACGGCAGCCGCCGGUGGUGGUGGUAAGGUGCAACCGAAGUAUCUGGACAUUUCGAAAUACAAAUCCUCCAAUGCGGCCAACUUCCUCAAGAAGGAUGAAUCGAAAAGCUACCUCGUCCGGCAGGAGGGGGGUGGUGUGCGUAAGAGCCCGAGCAGUGCGUCCGUGUCGUCGGCCCUCAGUCGGGCCGAUCCGACUCGCAUGAGCGCCCGGAGUAUCAAGUCGGCCGGUAGUACCGCCAGCAAGUCGAGUGGUAGUGCUGGUCCGGCCGGGGCAAAUAAAAAGGAUCCUGUGAAAAUUGCGAAGGAACAAGAGCUCGAGAUGUGGCGCCGCCGAGCGAGCUACGAUCCGAUGAAGGCUGCCCUCGAGGGCAAAAAGAAACAGCUGGAAGAAUCGAGACGGCUGGCGAUGCAACAGCAGCAGCUUCAGCAGCAUCAGCCGCAGCAUUCGGAUCGCCAAAGUAAAUCGAACGAAAGCUCCGUUCUAAGAUCCCAAUCGUAUCACAGUGGCGUCGGCAACGUUGGCGGUCAGCAACGCCUCUAUCAAGGCACCGUCGGUAACAGCAGCAACGUAAAUCUUCGCGGAGCCUACAACCAGACGCUUGGGGACGAGCUUCCGUCGGACGAUGGUGACAGCAAUAACCGGUGGACGUUGACAUCGACUGAGUCUAGUGAGGAUCUGGAAGGAGAGUUGCAUUACAUCAAUUGAGGCGCCACGGGCAUCCUGGUAUUUCUAAUACUAACAGCGUCCGAGUCCGAGUGGCACAAGUGCAUGGAUCAAAGCGGAAGUAGCACAUGCGCAUAAAGCUUUUUAAGAUUUUAUUUUAAAAUAACCUCUCCCAAGCUUUAUGUCCUACGUGGAGCUUUAGAAAACGCAAACUACCCGCCUAAAGCUUUUUUUAUCAGAAAAACCAGAGCAGG